AUGGCUCCUAGACUUCCUCCUCCCCCACAGCCUAAUGAGCCUGACGCGUCCAACAACACUAGGCUGUUGGAAACAGUGAUAGAUAGGUUACAACAGCAGAAUAAUACUCUGAUGGAAAAGAACGCCACUUUGAUGCAGCAGAACCAGAAUGCUUUGCAGAGUUUAGAGGCCGCUCGUGCCAACUCUGAAGCGACUCAGAGGCAGUUAAUGGACAUUCUUGUCGCUACCAGAGGCACGCCAGGAGCGUCCUCUUCCACCGCUACACCACAUGCUGAAUGGAGUUUGGAAAGCUUCCUUCAACACCAUCCUGCAAAAUUCAGUGGAAAAUGCCUUCCUGAUGAGCUGAGAGAUAUGGAGCGGAUCUACGACGCUAAGAGGUGUCCGGAUGACAACCGAUUAGCCUUUACUGAAUACUUGCUGACUGGUGAAGCUAGUCACUGGUGGACGAGCAUGAAAGCCAUUUUGACAGACACUCAGAGUCCCAUUACUUGGGCGGUUUUCAGAGUUAAAUUCUAUGAAGAGUAUUUCCCGGACAGCGUGCGCUUUGCUAAGGAAGUUGAGUUUCUACAGUUGGUACAAGGGGGGACGUCCGUCUCGGAGUAUACUAAUAAAUUCAAGCAUCCGGUCCGUUUUAACACCAUGGCUACAAGUGAAGAAUGGCAAUGCAGGAAGUUUGAGAACGGGCUGAGGAGUGACUUGAAGGUAUUAAUAUCCAGCCUGUGCAUUAGAUCAUUCCCUGCUAUGGUCGAGAGAGCAAAAGUGUUGGAGAAGAACGUGGCUGAGGCAGAGCAACAGAAGAAACAACAGUUGAGUAGGGGGCCGGUUUUAGCAAGAAAUACUUCCACUGUGAGAAGACCCCCUUACGUUCGUCCAACUCAAUCCUCUGGUGGAUCACAAGCCUUGGUUACUGUCGGCCAAUCUGGGCAGUAG